AGCGUUUCGCCACGUCAGGUCUAAAAUUUCGUGCCGUUUCCACCCCUGAAUCCGAUAUUUCCCACCUGUUCUCCUCAGAACAGACACGUCAGACUUUCAAAGAUGGCAGAAGGGAGUGAUAUCGGGGAUUGGUUCCGUAGUAUCCCGCUUAUAACGCGGUACUGGUUCGCCUUGUCCGUCGCCCUCCCCCUCCUGGGUAGGAUCGGGCUUGUUGAUGCGAUGUCCAUGGUUCUACACUGGGACAUGACGGUCUACCACUUCCAGAUCUGGAGACCGGUCACUGCCCUGUUCUUCUACCCCCUGAUGCCACAGACUGGUUUCCACUACCUGAUCAACCUCUACUUUCUCUACAACUACUCUACCAGGCUGGAGACAGGUCUCUUUGAUGGCAGACCAGCUGACUAUCUCUUCAUGCUGAUAUUCCAAUGGCUGUGCCUUGUUAUCAUUGGAUUCAUGGCAGAAUUGUAUCUGCUGAUGGACCCCAUGAUCUUAGCUGUCCUGUACGUUUGGUGCCAGCUUAACAGGGACACAAUUGUAUCCUUCUGGUUUGGAACACAGUUCAAGGCCAUGUACUUACCAUGGGUGCUGGUAGGCUUCAAUAUGAUUCUAAGGGGAGGAGGAUGGACUGACCUACUGGGAAUCUUUGUCGGACAUCUUUACUUCUUCCUGAUGUUCAAGUACCCACAGGACUUUGGAGGGAGGUCCUUCCUCAGCACACCAGAGAUCUUGUACAGGUACCUGCCCAACCGCAGGGGCGGUGUGUCAGGGUUCGGAGUCCCCCCAGCCAGUCGCAGGCGACCUGACAACAACCAGCAUCAAGGGUGGGGCCAGGGGAAUGUCCUCGGUGGAAACUGAUUGAAAAAUGAAAUGCUGACAUAGAAAUUGAUCAAUGGACAAUUCCUACUAUUGUUUUCUUUGAAAGAUAAUUACAAGGGAUAUGUACCAAGGUGCAUUCUGAAGACAAGAAAUAUCUCUUAGUAACCUUUGUAACCUUAUUAACCUUUGUCAUGCCGCAAGCCACAUGUUGGUUCUGGUGAGAAGUGUUACUAAGGGUUCUUGACUGUGUAUAUAUCUGUAGACAUUAUGAGCUUUUGGUCAGUGAUAUUCUUAUCUUAUUCAUAUCUUUAGAUGUAAAAUACCUGAAUUUGCGAACUCACUGGCUAUAAUGGGGCACAACAGUUGAAUAAUGUGGAGUAGUAAGGAAAGGCAAAAGUUCUGGUAUUUAUUGCAUUAUUGGAGCUAUGACUCUUUGAGUGAAUGUAUCAGAUCUUUCACCCUAGUGUUCAUAUGAACUUAGGUGCAUGUACAUGAAAAAUAAAGCUACAAUCUGCAACAUAUAGUGUCAUGAACUAUCUAUGGCAGUCUAAAGACCAGUUAGGCCAGUUAUGUCUUACUCUUACUGGGUCUUAGGAAUUUAAACAUGAUUCCCGUAGUGUUCUUGUUUGGUCCAAGUAGUUUUUGUGUUAUGGCUGUCACUGUUUUGUUUGAUUCAUAAAUUGUAUGUAUUUGUUACAAUGAUUUGAGUAGAUAGAUAUAAAUCAUUUUAGUUUAGUUGGUACAUGGUUGGUGUGUCAUAUUUGUGCAAGUAGUAUACAUGUAUCAGAUUAUAGCUUGAAAAGAAUACUUGCACUAUGUAUAGUGGUCAUUAUGAUUCUAACCUUAAUUAUGAAGUAUUGCAACCUUGUAGAUACUGAUGUCCUACUUGUACUUAUUGUAUUUAGUUUUUCACUAGGUGGUUGACUACUGGUAGCUAUAAAAACAAGAAGAAAGUGCAGAACUAUAAAAACAAGAAGAAAAUGCAGAUUUUAGACGUUGGUUAAACAUUGUUUCCAGCCAAUGUGGAUGUGAAGUGCAAUUCUCACAUAUCGUUGAAGAGGUUCUCACAUAAUCUUGAUGUCCUGACAAAUAUCAAUGGGAAAAUGUUGUACAUCUGUAAAUUGAAUUUAGCUGGAUGUAUGGAAUAAAGAACAUGUAUUGAAUUU